AUGUAUUUAAACAGAUUUUUAUUAUUACCCAUCUUUUUUACCGUUCUUUUUUACGAAUGCUUAUUUGUGGAGGCAAGGGUCAAUGUAGAUUGCCUCGCCACUCUUGGACUUCAUUCUGCCUAUAAACUUGCUAACUGUAAAGAUAAAUCCUGCGUGGAUGAAGUACUUCAAAAUCUAGAGAAGGCUUGCGUAGUACGGAGCUACGUGUCGUGUUAUCAACUCUCAAGCUUGACUGGUUUUAGUACUUGUUCAUCGAAGGUUGAAGCUUAUUUCGCCACUGUGCAAGAAUGUGAAUCGUCUCCACAACCCAGUUACAGUUACAUAAGAAGAAAAUGCAUAGUUGGAGGAGGAGAUGAUUGCCAUAAAGCUAUAACCGCAAGUAAUAACGUCCAUGACCACAACCACCAUAAAGACAAAGACUGUGACUUCCACUUCAAGUAA